AUGGAAAGCCAUUCGAUGUCUUCAUACUGUGAGGCUCCAGCAUCCCCAAUCUUACAGCAAACUAAUGAUGAUGACCUCGUGCAGGACUCAACUAGCCUCUUCGACAGCCGGUACGUCAAAAUACACUCAGCUGGGAACGGAUUUUCCGGGAAUGUGACCUUCUGCUUUCUGCGCAACGGGCUGAAAGCCAUUGUACGUUCUCACGACGAGGCUCAACUCCCUGACUACGCUGUGGACCUUUUGAAAGCCCAGCUCUGCGUCGUGAAAAUCCUCCACAAUCCAAGCAACGCCAGUACCCGCCGAAGCCUUCUCAGAGAAAUCGACGUCCUACAACGAAUUCAGGCAUCGCGAACCAAAUCAAAAGAGCGCCUGGCCUAUCUUGUGGACGCGCAUGUCUUUGAUAGACCUUGGAUGGUGACCGCUGCCGUCUGA